CAAACUGAUUUGAAAAGCUUUGGCUCAUGCGGAAGGAAAUAACCCGCCGCUAUUCUCGAAGUGCAGUUGCGCAGUUGACGUACGUUCUAACGCAGGCGCGUCCAGUCAUUUGUUUUUCUGCUGCGCUGCUUGUACACAGAGCAACAUGGCGACGUCCCUGAUCUGUGGCCGGUUGUCUGCUGGACUGAGGAAUUCCGGCUCCAGGACGACUUUAAGCUCGGCAGCUAAGGUGCUUGGUGGGGCAUCAGGUCUAUUUGGUAACCAUGGGAACCAGCCGUCCCCAAUGCUGUCAGUGCAGCAGCAGAGAAAUCUCUCCCUGCAUGAGUACAUGAGCAUCGGGCUGCUGAAGGAUGCAGGCAUCUCUGUGCCCGCGGGUAUGGUGGCCAACACGCCUGAUGAGGCUUAUGCUGCUGCCAAGCAGAUCGGCUCUAAAGACCUGGUGGUAAAAGCUCAAGUGUUGGCGGGUGGUCGAGGCAAAGGCACUUUUGAGGGAGGAUUUAAGGGCGGAGUCAGAAUCGUUUACUCGCCAGAGGAAGCGAGGGAUAUCUCCUCUAAGAUGAUUGGCAAAAAGCUGUUCACUAAGCAGACAGGAGAGGCAGGGCGGAUCUGUAACCAGGUGUUUAUCUGUGAGCGCAGAUACCCACGCAGAGAGUAUUAUUUUGCCAUCACCAUGGAGAGGUCUUUCCAGGGUCCCGUGCUGAUUGGCAGUUCUCAGGGGGGCGUGAACAUUGAGGACGUGGCUGCAGAGAAUCCCGAUGCCAUCGUGAAAGAGCCUAUUGAUAUCAUGCAGGGUAUUAAGAUGGAUCAGGCUAUUAAGGUGGCUAAGAAGAUGGGUUUCCCCGCUGCAUUGAUUAAUGAAGCUGCAGAAAACAUGUUGAAACUCUAUGAUGUGUUCAUCAAGUAUGAUGCAUCUAUGCUGGAGAUCAACCCAAUGGUGGAGGAUGCAUCUGGCAUUGUGAUGUGUAUGGACGCCAAGAUCAACUUUGACUCAAAUGCUGCCUAUAGACAGAAGAAAGUGUUCGACAUGCGAGACUGGAGCCAGGAGGAUGUCAGAGACAGACAGGCGGCCAAAGCAGACCUCAACUACAUCGGCUUAGACGGGACUAUUGGCUGCCUGGUCAAUGGGGCUGGACUCGCUAUGGCAACCAUGGACAUUAUUAAACUGCAUGGUGGAACACCCGCUAACUUCCUGGAUGUUGGAGGCGGAGCCACUGCACAGCAGGUGACGGAGGCCUUCAAGCUCAUCACUUCUGAUAAAAAGGUCCAAGCUAUUUUGGUGAACAUCUUUGGUGGCAUCAUGCGGUGUGAUGUCAUCGCACAGGGCAUUAUCAUGGCUGUCACUGACUUGGACCUGAAAAUCCCCAUCGUAGUGCGGUUACAAGGAACAAGAGUGGACGAUGCCAAGGCUCUGAUCGCUGCCAGCCCUCUGAAGAUCCUGGCCUGUGAUGAUCUGGACGAGGCGGCCAAAAUGGUUGUGAAGCUUUCUGAAAUUGUAUCAUUGGCCAAAGAGGCCCAGGUUGAUGUCAAGUUCCAGCUGCCCAUCUAACAGAACACACCCACAUGCCACCUCACUAUUCAAACCAUCAUAUAUAAACUGAAUCUAAGCCCAGCACCUGAGCUCGUCUCGUCUCAGACCUCCAGUAGAGUUCUCCACAAUCCCACGUCCUGCUCAAGCUUCUGUCAGCUCUCGUUUCUGUCUGUCUGUGGUUCCCCGUUCCUUCUGUUUCAUCGGUGCUUUCAGAUGGUAAAAGCACAUGUGUAUCUGCAUGGCCACUUUUAUUUCAUCCGAUCAACCUCAUCCAGUGCAGAGCCCAUCAAAUCAGUCCAAUCACAUACUGUUAAGGUUUUUUUGGUUCCAUUGGUUUAGAUCAGGGUCAGUGUUACUGCCUACUGCUGUUUGUUUUGUCAAUGUUAUUGUUUGCUUGAUUUCUUAAGUGGAGGAUGUAUUUAUGUGGGACUGUAUUUAUACUGUUGAAAUGUACAUGGAGAGCCGACUCUCUUGAUAUAGAAUGUCUCUGACACACUGGUCCUAUUGCCACAUAUAAACACACACACAGUAUCAUUAAAAGAAAAUUCCACCCCCUCAUUCUUCCUCCCUCUCUCCCUCGCCUUCUUCUGUUUUCCGGCGGGAGUGAGUGUCGAUGUAGGAUGUCAUCUAAGCUCUCCUGAAGAGAAAUGCACCAUUUCCCUUUUAAGCAAACGCACAAGCACUCACAGGGAAUAUGUGUGUUAUUGGUGUUCUCUCAGUCUGACAUGGAGCAACCGGUACAGCGGAUGCAGAAAACAAUAAAAAUACUCGAGCGUCUCGGAGGAUGAUGUUUGAUUCUACUCAAAGGCUCUGUCACUGUCUAUUUUUGAAAUGUAGAACAUGUACUUCUUUGGCAAAGUAUGUCCCUUGACUCAUCUUUCAUGUUAGAGUGGGUCCUGUAGUGAGAAUUCAACUUUCUGUGAAGGAAAUGUAUGGAUGUGGCAGCUCGCAGUUUGAGGUCUGUAAUGCCUCAGCUAUCUAUUCCCAUUCAUCUCAAUGGCAGUUGCUCAGCUGGAGCAGGACCCCCUUGUAAGUAUGCAAUAUGAAAUAUGCCAUCUUUGCUUGAAGUCACCUUUAGCUUGAACUAUACUUUCAAGAGUCCUAAAUAUAAUUGUCACUUGCAAAAUAUUUACUGUACACUCAAAUAAUUAACCCUAAAUUAUGUAUUUGAAUUGCGUAUUAAACAGUUUUAACAAACCAA